AUGAUUGAAGAGGUGAUAGGGGGUGAUCGAAAAGACAACCGAAGACCAGUUGAUCAAGAAGUUAACGGUCCGCAUCAUCGUCAACAACCUCCACGGGGAGUGAAUGACCGUUUUAGGCCGGUGGUCACCGAGAAUGAUUCACCAAUUGUUUGUGAAAGAAGGAUGUUUGAUUGUAAACCUCAUUACAUCAAUAUACUUCCCUACUUCAAUGGGAGGUCUAAUGAUGAGCCGUACACGCACUUGGCGGAGUUUUCAUCCAUUUGUAACACUAUCGGGGGGCACAAUUUCGCAUUAGAGGAAGUCAAGCUUCGACUAUUUCAAUUCUCAUUAAAGGACAAAGCGAAGGAAUGGUUCCUUACACUUCUGGCAAAUAGUAUUCGAACAUGGGGAGAAAUGCAACAAGCCUUUCUUGAUGAAUACUAUUCGAUGGCGAAGACCGAUGAUGCUCGUGAUGAAAUUAGGUCUUUUCGCCAGCUAUCGGGCGAGCCGUUGCAUGAAGCAUUCACAAGAUUUAAGGAGUUGAUGCGAAAGUGCCCACAUCAUCAAAUAGAGAAGUGGGAGUUAGUCAAGUGUUUUGUACGGGGUUUAGACAACAAUACUUGGAACUGCCUUGAAUCAACGAGCAACGGGACUCUCUUGAGCAAUCAUGAAGAUGAUGAUUGGGAGUUUUUGGAGCGGAUGAGCAAACGGUCAAAAGAGAAGGAAUCGGCCGAUAGAGCUAAGAAACAUCCCAUUUCCCGGUCCCUUCCCGAUCUUGAUUCUAAGGAUCAAAUUUCUACCUUAGAGCGGGAAAUGGCUCGUAUGAAGAAGAAGGAAGUGAAUGCGGUUCAAUUCGCAGUAUGUGAGGAGUGUGGAGAUAUAGGCCAUAGAACCGAGCAAUGUCCAACGGGGACGAGUGAUUACACCGAGGAGGUAAACCAAAUUGGAAACGGGGGUAAUGCUUCUAACUCUCAAGGUGACGACUCGUUCAAUUCUAAAAUGGAUGCUCUCAUGAAUGCUAUGAGUACCCUUACAACCGAAGUGCGGAAAGAGUUUGAAGUACGGGAUAAAUCCCACAAGGCAUUGGAAAAGCAAGUUGGUCAACUUGCGGAAGAAAUGGCCCAGAUUCGUGGAAGUGGAGGAAGACUUCCAAACGACACCGCAAUGAACCCGAAGCAUCAAAGCUCAAGCACGGGCAAUGUGAGGAAUGUACACAUUAGCGCGAUAAGUCUUCUUUCGAAUGAUGAAGUUUAUAGUAGUGUUGAAAGCAUUCUACCACCACAAUGCGUUGAUGGUGUAGUGGGAAAUAUAAGAGAUGAGCCGGAAGAUGACAUUAAAAAGUUUCCGGCUCAUGUGGAAUGCUUAAAGGAGUUAAGCAUCGAAAAACGGCACAACAAAUUACCCGAACCGGUUGAUUUGAUAUCUCAUGUUAGUGCCAUUUUAUCGAGUGCCCUUCCUCAAAAAGCUCAAGACCCAUGA